AUGCCCGAAAGGUUGUCUCAAGAGGAGGCCUACGAGCUGCUUGGUCUGGAGCCAGAGCCGGAAAAGACGCCCGAGGAGAUCAAGAAGGCCUACAAGAGGAAGUCCCUGGCUACCCACCCUGACAAGAACCCGGGCGACCCGGAGGCUACUGCCAAGUUUCAGCAAGUCGCCGAGGCCUACCUGAGCCUGACUGAUCCCAGCUACUACUCGGAAGAAAAAUCGGACGAAUCUGACGAUGACGAUGACAGCGAAGACUCGAGCGACGACGAGUACGGGGGGGGAGGGGGGCGCCGUCACCACCACCACCACGGAGGGAGGGGGGGGGGUCACGGCUACCGUCGGGGAGGCAUGUCUCCGGAGGACUUCAUGGACCUAUUUUCGGAGAUCUUCUGUAUGGGGGGUAUGGGAGGAUUCGGGGGUAUGGGGGGGGGUCCGGGGAUAAAGAUCAAUGGCGGGCCGGGGGGGGGGGUCUUCAUGCAGAUGCCGAGCUUCGCGCGGGGCGGCGGCGGAAUGGGUGGCAUGAUGGGCGGCGGCGGGGGGGGGAGGCCCAUGUACUACGAUGAUGAUAGCGAUGAUGAAGACGACUACGCGUCAUACGAGGACCCGGAAUAUGCAUCCGCUAGCACCUCCACCUUUCGCGAGAGGCUGGUGUACGAGCAGCAGAUGAAGUACGAGGCCCGGCAAGCGAGGAUGGAGGCUAGGAAGGCGGCAAAGGCAGCCAAGGCCAUGAAGAGGAGGGAAGAGGACGAGGCAUUCUGGCAGGCGCAGCAGGAGAGGGCGCAGCGACGGCGCGAGCAGCAGGCUGCGAAGGACAAGAAGAGAGCGGCUGAGAGGGAGAUCGCUAGAGCCAAGCGCGAAAAGGAAAAACAGCAGCAGCAGCUGCAAGAUGAGAAACGUGCGAGGGAGGAGGAAGCCGCGAAGAAGGAAGAGAAGAGGAAGAAAAAGGCCGAGAUGGACAGCAAGAGGGAGAAGGCGGAGGCAGUGCGCGCCCGAGCCUUCGAACUUUGCCGGGAGGGCAACCUGCCGGACCUCCGACCGAUGCUGGAGAAACAGGAUGGUGCCGCGUCCGCCCCUUCCGUGAAGCUGUCCGAUCGACAGGACGGAAAGGGAAAGAGCGGCGCUACACUCCUGCACAUGUGCGUGUCCCCCGGUGUGGGCGAGGGCCAGACGUCGGACGCUGUGGGGAAGGGCAGGCUGGAGGUGGCCACGUACCUGUUGCAGGGGACAGUGAAGAAGGACGCCGGGGGGGAGAGGGACCGUGUCGACCUCUCCAAGGUUGAUGCGCAAGGUCUGACUGUGCUGCACAAGGCGGCUGGAGAAGGAGAUGAUGCACUGCUUGACCUGCUGCUGCGAGAAAGGACUCGGUCGACCACGCUGAAGCUAGAAACCGACCUGGACGCUACGUGCCUGGAGAAGGGAUGGACCCCUCUCAUGCACGCCUCCUUCAGGGGAAACAUCCACGCCAUGAGCGCCUUGCUCGCCGCCGGCUCGAGGGUGACUCAGCUUUCGAAUCCCACCGUGACCGGCAUGGUAGUCCCCCAGCAGACCGCCCUCGAGAUCUGCCAGGCUGCCCUAUCGUCCACCAAACGCCUUAAGGAGAAGAAGAAUCUUACCGCUGCCGUGGAGGUUCUCGCAGCAGCUGUCGACAAGGUGGAGAAGGCGAAAAGAGCCAAAGAGGAGGAGAAGCGCAAGAAGCAGCAAGAAGAGGAGCGGAAGGCCCAGCAGUCUACGGGAAAGCAAUCGCUCGAGCAGCAGCUGCUGGAGAAGAAGAGGCGGCAGCUCUUGGAGAGGCAGAGGAAGGCAGAGGAGGAGGAGGCGGAGGCCGCCCGCAAGAAGAAGGAGGCAGAGUGGGAGAAGAAGGAGCUGGCCAGGCUGAAGCGCGAGAAGAAGAAGGAGAAAAGGGAGAAGGACAAGAGGGAGGCCAAGGAACGCGCUCACCUGAAGGAGCAGGAGGAGUACCGGGCAGAGUACUACCGCUACGGGAACAGCUCCGGGUACAGCGGGAACGGAAGCCCGCCCCCCGUCAUCGAUGACUCGGACCAGUGGGAGCAGUGGCAGACGGUCGCUAGCGCCAAGAACCUUGCGCUUGAUAAGGAGGAGAGCGACAGGCAAGCAAAAGCUCAGGCGAAGCUGCUACAAGCCACAAAGGCCGAAAACACGCUCAGCUCUUUGGAGCGCUACCAGCAGGCCCUACAGAACAACGGGUACUCGCUUUCGAGCGACGACGAAGACGGUGGGCCGGCCAGCACCGCCCGCGGCACCGCAGCCGGCGCCGGUGACCGCGCCGUCUCCGGUGCCGGCGGUCGCGGCCGCCCCGCACGAGGAGAUGAGCGGGGCUCUCAGCAGCAGCAGCGCCGCAACCAAAACGCACAGCAGCAGCGGGGUGGUGUUGCCGCCUCGAGAAGCCCGUCAUCGUCGUCAUCACAGUACCAAACGCCUCCGCCGUCCAUCCACACGACCGCCGUGCCGGGAGCGGCGGCGGCGGCGGCGGCGCCCGCCCACGGAUCGACCGCCGCUGGCGGGCGGGGCCAGGGGGGCGCCUACGGUGGCCGCAGCAGCCGCAAUGGUGGGCAGAGCGAUGCCGCUAGCAACGGACGCGGCGGCGGCGGCGGCGGGCAGAACGGCACGAGGCCGCCGCCGUCGCCAGUCAGCGGGCAGGGGCACCCGGACGGGGAGGGGGUCCAGGUCAAGGCUAUCCCGAUGCGCGCCCGGGAAGACGCGGACGGUGGCUGGGGGCAGCAGAAGCAGCAGAAGCAGAAGAAGCAACCCGUGGAAGCCAACGGCUGGGGAGACCCUCCCGCUCCCACUGCCGGGCGCGACGGCUCGGGGUGGACAGCAGCGGCGACGUCGGGGGCCGCUAGCAACGGGAGCGCCGGCCGAGCGCGCGGCGGAAGGCCUGCAGCGGCGGCGGCGGCGGCGGCGGCGACGACGACGGUGUCUUCGUCGUCGCCGAGGAGCUCGGUGGACUGGGAGGAGAGGGCGGAGCGGUCCCGCCAGAACGAGCUGGCGGCGGCUAGAGGAGGCGGCGGUGGCAGGGCGUCCGCGGCGCCGGCGCCGGCCCAGACCCAGGCUCCGCGCGCGUUGCAGACACAGCAAGCCGCGCCGAAAGCGGCGGCGGCGGCGCCGUCUCAGCAGCAGCCCCCUCCCCCCCCUCCGCAGGUACCCCCUCCUCCCCCGGUGUCUCAGCAGCAACAGCAGUACCAGCAGUACCAGACGCUGCCCAACCAGCAGCUCGACAACAGCAACCACCGGGCUGCGCCUCCGCCGCGCCAACGCCAACAGCAGCAGCAGCAGCAGCCGCCCCCGCCGCCGCCCCCGCCCCCGCCGCGGGGCCCCCCUCCCCCUCAGACAAGCACGCCCGCCGCUGGCAACAAUGGCAACGUCGGUGUGUCGGGGAAACCGGGGAUGGUGACGGCGGCGCCAGGACUGUCAGCAGCGGCGCCGGGACUAUCAGCAGCGGCACCGGGACUGUCAGCAGCGGCGAACGCCUACCGGCCGGUGGACUUGUCCAAGCAGACGGCGGCGGGGGCGAGGUUGCCGCCGGGGAUGGGCGGGCCGGCGGCGACGGUGAGUGGUGGCGGCGGUGUGGGCAUGACGGCGGCGGCGGCGGAAUGGGUGCCGGGACUGUCGACGGCGGCGGCGGGUAUGACGAGCGGUCGAGGUGUCGGAGGGAUGGCCGCUACCAUGGGUGGGGUGGACGUGAGCCUGCUGGAAGCCCACAUGUCCACAGGCAUGGCAGACGACGGCGGAGUUACUGCCGCUGCUGCCGCCGCCGCCGCGGCCGCCGCAAUGUCGGGAACUACGGUACAGCAACAGUGGGCGGCAGCGCAGUUGGGAUACGCGCCCCUGACUCCGCUUACUGGCCAAACACCUUCUAGUGUUGAUGUCCAGGCGAUUAUGAACGCCGGCGUGAUCCGAGGAAUGUUGAUGCCACCUCCCGCUGCCGCUGGGCGGGUAAUGAUGUGCAACUUCUGCGGCAACAUGAACCCGAACCUCUUUUCGGACGCCGGGCAGGGGUACGCACGCUGCCACGGGGUCUACGCGAAUGGGGCUCUGUGCAAGGGCAUCAUGCCGUGGCCCGCUGGGUCUCUUCCGCAGUACAAGCACGACCUUGGCCAGCAGGAUGCUACCGUCGCCGCUCUGAACCCGUCCCAUCAGGUGCUCCAGCAGCAGGCGGGUGCCGCCCCGGGCGGCUACGCGGACGUCGGCGGCAGUGCUUACACCACCCCGUCCCCGUACGCGUCGGUGCCGGCAGUAGCGGCUGUGGCGGUGCCUCGAUCAGCGGCGGCAGCAGCAACGACCACCGCCGGCCUGGCGUACGGUGGCGCAGCCGCCGCCGCCGCCGCCCCUGUCCACGUGCUCGGCGGAGCGGCAGCGGCAAACGCUUACGGAAACGCCUCCAACGGCGGCGGUAGCGUUAGUGCGGCGGCGCCGGGAUUGGUGCCGGCGGCGAGGAGUAGCCCGACUCUGUCUUCCGCCGCUCCGGUGUUCAGCAUGUCUACGCCCUCCGCCGCCGCUGGGGCCGGGUUUACGCAGCAGCAGCAGCAGCAGCAGCCGCCGCCGCCGCCGACCCCGCCACCGACCCUGUGGUCGCAGGCACCUCCGUUCCAGCCCCCCGCCGCCGCCGGAGGCGGACAGCAGCAGGUGCAGCAGCAGCAGCCGCCGCCGCCCCCCCCCCCUCCCCCUCCUUCGAACCCGCCUAGCAGCGGCUGGGACGCGGCAGGGACGGCCGCUAGUGGUCAACAGCAGGCCCCCCCGCCCCCACCCCCGCCUCCCCCGACCGAUGGGUGGGGGGACGCGCCAGCGCCAGCGCCGGCAGCGCCGGUCCCGGCUUCGGGGUGGGGAGACCAGGAGCCGCAGCAGGAGUCUGCGGGUGGUGGGGGUUGGGGCGGCAACGAGUUGUCCUCGGACGCGCCUUCGGCAGCACCGGCAGCAGCACCGAAGGCAGCGGGAGCGCCGGCGCCGGCGGCGCCGGCGUCGGGGUGGGGUGGCGACAGCAGCAGCAACAACGAAGGCGGCGGCGGGUCCGGGUGGGGAGACAGCGGCAACACCGCUGCUGCCGGUGGCGGCGGCGGCGGCGGUUGGGGAGACAGUACCAGCAGCGGCCAGGGCGACAGCGGUGGCACUGCCGCCGCUGCCGCUAGCACCUCCGCCCCCGCCGCGAGCGGCGGCGGGGGAUGGGGCGGCGGCCAGGGCGACAACGAUGGCGGGUCCGGAUGGGGAGACAGCGGCGAUAGCGCACCAGUCGACAACGGCGGUGCUGCGGGCGGCGGCGGCGGCGGAUGGGGCGACGACGACGACACAGCAGCAGCAGCAGCAGCAACGGCCUCCUCCGCUUCCGCGAGUGGGUGGGGAAACGAGUCGUCGUCGUCGGCAGCAGCAGCAGCUGCGCCGGCGGUGCCGGGAGGACCCGUCAGGUCGAAGAAGAAGCCUUGGGGAGACGCUACCGCGGCGGCGGGCGACGGGGGUGCGAAGAAGACUGCCGUGCCGGCGAAUCUGAUGGGUCCGACACCGGCGGCGUCGGCGGCGGGGGGCGGGCUUGGCGGAGGCGCGCGGGGGGGGCAGAAAAAGAAGGUGCCCGCGGCGCUGUCGGCGGAGAAGAGGGACCAGUUGUACGCGCAGCUUGUGGACAUGGGCUUCGCCAUCGCAGACUGCGACAAGGCCUUCAAGGAGACGAAACGGGCGAGGGGAAUAGGCACGAAGCAAGGGCGGAGUGGGGGGGGGACAACAGGGUCUGGGAGUCAAUACACCUGAAUCCGGCUGAGCGGAGAGAUUUCUUUGGCUGCUGCUCGUCGUACUGAAGGGCUUCUGGUCUAGAAUCGGCGGGUCGUUUUUCAUUUUCCAUCUACCGACAAGUCAACUCUGUAAACUAUUCUGCUGCCUAUGCAUAUGCAAUGAAGACUGUACUUGGCUGGCCGAUUCAGUUGCCUGAUCGUCUGUCUGCGUUUUGUGUUUUAUGGUCUGUUUCCCAAGGUGCUGUUGUUCUGUGCUGGAAGAGGGAGAGGUAUAGGAGGAGUGACGGUAGCCUAUACCAGAAGGAGCCGUUCGAAAGGAAGCAAUCCGAAAGCUGUUCGUCGCAUGCUGUUCCCCAUGGCUGACCAAGUAGCGACUCUUUCCAGCCGAGAGCAUCGACGUGCCGUCUAGAGUCUAGAGUAACGGGCAAUAUGAUGACGCGUGAGAAUGAACGAACAACACCAACACAGCAAUUUUAAGAAUCAUCCGGGCUUUCUCCGACCCCCCGCCCCAUCAAGCCCGAACUUUUCUGUCGGGCGUGCUUCUUUUUAUCGUGGUGUAACUUUUUUUUUUGUUUUGUGGUUGCGUCAAUUCUGUUGUGCUUUUCUUCCUGGGUGGAGAGAGAGUUUCACUGGGUCCUUAGCGCCUUCCUUCCCUGCAAGCCUAACUCUCCGCCUCCCCAAGCCGCUUUCCCCGAGCGCAUGACAUGACAUGGCAUGCCGUUGUCCCUGU